AAUUGCUAUUUUAAACUUCAUAUUAAUCUACUUGACCACAACAAGUCAAAAGGCAGCGCUUAUAUCUGUUAUUUAAAAAAAAUACAGAAAAAUCUUAACACGACUGAAAUGUAUUGAGAUGCAUUUUAUGGGCACAAAAUAUUUUAGAAGGGGUUCGUUGCCAAAUUCACAUUAAUUUUGGGGUCCUUGACAUGAAAAUAGAUUCAGGAUCAUUGCUUUGGCCACCACCCUGACCUGUGUCAUUCUUAUCCUUAUUUUUACAUUUUCAGGGUUGGCAAGCACCACAGCCACAAAGGGAGAAAACUGAAGAGAUCCAUCAGACACAAAUCUUUAUUCAGCAAAUCAAAGGUCUCCCUCUUCAACUGGAUGCGCUUUCUGUACAGGUUUGCACAAGGGUUGCGCCUACGUCAAGUGGACAUGAUAAAUGACGACAUUUCUGGGAGCUCAGCAACCUUGUCCAAGAUGGCCCAAAAACUGCGAGAUGUGUGCACAACUUCCAUGGACAGAUAUCAGCAAGCAAGUGGCCAGUACAUUGGGGGGCGGCAGGAGUUUGUCACAGUUGAUGAGAGCCAUUUCAGACACAAAAGAAAGUAUGGACGAGGACGAAUGGCUGGUGGAUGGAAAAGGAAGAAGUGGGUGUUUGGGAUGCUAGGUGUUGACCGGAGGGGGAGAAGACAUGCAAAACCUAUUCUUCGCUUAGUUGAGAGAAGGAGAAGGAGAGACCUGGUACCACUUAUAGCUCAUCAUGUUAAAGUGGGGUCUACAAUAAUCAGUGAUGAAUGGCGGGCUUAUAGCAAUGCUCUACCUCAGCUAGGUUACACCCAUUUCACUGUAAAUCACAGUGUGUCAUAUGUUGAUGCCCAAACAGGCGCACACACUCAACACAUAGAGAGGGCCUGGAGAACAGUCAAGGAAAAUGUGUGGAGACUCAGGGGGAAUCGUACAGAAGAGUUACUCAUAGACCAUCUCAGAGUUAUUGAAUGGCAUGAGUGGCUUGGCCGUCCGCAUCGCAAAGGCCCGUUAGGACGGAUUAUACAUGACAUUGGGGUGAUGUAUAGACAUUAAAACUUCCGUUUAACCAAUGUUUUGCACAAAAAAGUCCCAAAUACGGGUAUGGUGUAUUAUAUUGAUCAGACACAUGAUGGCUUAGUGUGCGUUUAAGUGCAAUAAACACAAUGUUCAACACUC